AUGAUCGGAGAUGCUGGGGUUGGAAAGACUGCCCUUGUAAGAAGAUUAAUAACAGAUGAAUUUGAUGGUGUGCUAGAUAGUACGAUUGGCGUAGAAUACUCAUUAUACAAGUUGUCCAUUGGCAAUCAAAAGAUUCAAUUGCAGAUAUGGGAUACAGCAGGGCAAGAGCAAUAUAGAGCACUAUCUCAAGCAUAUUACAGAGAUGCGGUCGGUGUUUUGAUUGUAUUUUCUUACAAUAACCAUCAUAGCUUCGAAGGCUUGGAAGAUUGGAUUGUAGAUGUACGAAAUUACUGUCAUCCAAAAGCUAAAAUUCUUCUAGUUGGAAAUAAAAUUGAUUUAGAAAGCGAAAGAACAGUAUCUAAAGCAGAAAUCGAACAAUUCUCCAAUAAUAACCGUUUAGAAUACAUAGAAACCUCUGCAAAAACAAAUGCAAACGUUACAGAAGCUUUUCAUAAAGCAGCAAGAAACGUUUUUCAAUCUGUCGUCACAAAAGAAAUCCAGAUAGGAAUCCAACCAACCUUGUACGCACCUAAAAAGAAAGAAGAGAAAACUGGUUGCUGUUAA